UCUCCUGCCAAGCCAUGGGCCCCAACUUGCUCCUGCUGCUGCUCCUGGCACUCCAAGGUCCAGCCUCGGAGGGCAUCCUCCCUGAGGUGCUGCAGGUGACCGAGGGGGGCUACAUCCAGGUGCAGUGCCACUACCUGCUCCAGCACCUCAGGGCCCCGAAGGUGUGGUGCCGGUUCCUGCCUGAGGGCUGCCAGCCCCUGCUGUCCUCCAAGGUGGACCGCAGGGCCCCAGGCGAUGGGCGCUCCUUUCUCACGGACCUGGGCGGGGGGCUGCUCCAGGUGGAGAUGGUCUCCCUGCGGGAGGAGGACUCGGGCGACUAUGGCUGCGUGGUGGAGGGGCCGGAGGGGCCGCAGAUCGUGCGCCGCGUGUCGCUGAAGGUGCUCCCGCCAGCUCCUCGCCUGAGAGAAGAGGAGACCAACAGGACCGACACUGUGGCUGACGAUUCCUCCUCAGGCCUUCUGGGCAGUGCCAGCCCAGAAACUAGCCUGGAUACAAAGAGCAUCCCACUGAUCUGGGGCGCUGUGGUCCUGCUGGGCCUGCUGGUGGUGGCGGUCAUUCUGUUCGCUGUGAUGGCCAAAAGGAGAGGGAACAGGCUUGCUGCGGGUGCCCAGUUCCAGAGCAGCCGAGUCUCGAGCCUGGAGCAGCACGCCUCCUGCUCCGUGGGUCAGCACGUGGGCGAUUCUACACUGGCGGCCGAGUUGCCCUCCAACGUGCCCUAUGUGAGGCUCGACUCACCACCCUCCUUUGACAAUGCCACCUACACCAGCCUGCCCCUUGAUCCCCUCUCAGGAAAACCCCCAUCCCGGCCCCCAUCCCCCCCUCUGCCUCCUAAGGCCCCAUCUGCUCCAAGCCUGUGA